AAGCGUAUAAUUAGGUAGGAGAAAGGAAAAAGAAAAAGGAAAUUGUAGAUUCUACGGGGAGAUAUACUCCAUUGUUAUCCGUGCUAUUUUUCAUUUGAUUAAAAAAGAAGAAGCAAUUAGUUUGUUUCCAUAUAUAAUUCGGAAAUCCAUACGUUAAUAAAAGCAUGGACGCUCAAAUGGAUGCCAUUGCCCGCACGUCGAAAGGAGAGGAGAAAAAACGGACCAAAUCCCGGUUCGUCCAUCAUUCUUAUCCUCCACCCUGCAGGCGCACGAUAGCGUGUCGCCCCUCUUUUCUGGUUCCUUCGAUUUGCCCUCCCCCGCUUUAUCUCGCCCAGCCUCGCCAAACGAAUUUCCCCUCAAAUUUAUUUUUAUUUUUAUUGCGAAACCCUAUCUCUCUGCCUCCAAGAAGACGGCCUCCUUUCAGAUCCGAAAACUCCGUCGAUAAAUAUUGACGUUCACUCCCUGAUUUUGCCGCUUUCGCUUCCGAUUCUUGUCUGUUUUACAGUCUUGUGAGACCAGGAUCCAUAUUUUCUGCUGUUAUCUAGCAAUUCAUUAGAACAAUGCGAGGGUAUGAAAAAGAUGAGUAUGAAGAUUGGGAUGAGUAUGAGGAAGAUGGAGAGGAGCAAGGUGAUGAUGGUUAUGAAGAAGUUCAUCAGCCCACCCAGGAGGAGUUGGAUUAUCUUGCAAUCAGGCAAAAGUUAAAAGAAAAAAUCAGAAAGAAGAUGAUGAAGGAUACAAGGACUGCAAACCUUAGUUCCCGUGACAAAGUGAAUGCAUCACAUAAAGACAACUAUGGUUCUUUCUUUGGGCCUUCACAGCCAGUUAUUGCUCAGAGGGUAAUCCAAGAAAGCAAGUCCUUGUUGGAGAAUCCGGAACUGGCAGCAAGGUUUUGUAAAACUAGCCAUAAGGAGAAGAAGAGCUCUGUUUCAGCUCCUGUCAGUUCAAAAUCUCAAGCCAACUGUCUGCCAAGUGUUAAGAAAAAAGUUGAAUUGCUUAAAAAUACAAGAGACUAUUCAUUUCUGUUAUCAGACGAUGCUGAGGUUCCAGCCUCCUCAAAAGGUCCACCCCCAAGAAAUGUAUCGGCCCCAAAGUCUGAUGCACGAUCUGCCAAAUCUAUGCCAAGAAGCAGACCGGUGAUUAAUGGUCGUGGAAGAGAAGUCUCCAACGGUCGUGAUGGCAGGAAGCCUAUGCUUCCAUGUAGCCAAAGCAAAUCUAAAGUUGGGAUGGAUAAGUUGGCUCAAACUAACAAGCCAUCUACAGAUUCUAGGAAACUGUUUGGUAACAAUAGUGGAAGUGGGCCUGGUCGCCCUCUAGGUCCCAAAGUUGCGCCUGCUAAGAGUUCGGUGCCUACUUCUUCACCUCUCCAACCUGUUGCACGUAGACCUACUCUAUCAAAUUUGCCAUCUGGCAAAAAUAGACCGAUUCCUUCUCAUGGUCAGCCUUCGACUUUGAGAAGACCUGUACAAAAAGAUUAUCAUGGGACUAAUAAGCCUAAGGUUAUUAGUAAACAGUCGUUGCCUUCCUCUAAGGUUCAGUUGAAGAGAUCGCCUCCAAGACGCCUGCCAUGCGCUACUUUGCGGGAUGAACGACCGAAAGCAAAACCUAAGAGGCAGCUGCGUGAUGAUGAUUCCGACGGUGAUAAUGCCAUAAAUUUGAUCAGAAAAAUGUUUGGUUAUAAUCCCAAUAAGUUUCGAGAUGAUGAUGACACUGCUGAUAUGGAGGCCAAUUUCGAUGAUAUUAUGAAGGAGGAGAAGCGAAGUGCAAGAAUUGCGAAACAGGAGGAUGAGGAACAGCUCCGGCUGAUUGAAGAGGAAGAAAGAAGGGAAAGGAUGCGACAGGCAAAGAAGCGCAAGAUGAUCUAAUUAAGUAGAUAGACUUCAAUUGCUCUGACCCAUCAAACUCCCUAUGAAACUAGUUAUCAUUUCGAUUUGGAUUCUUUAUUUUCUUACCUUUCUUUUCGCAGUUCAUCAUAUAGAUUGCCUUGUCUUUUUUGUUUGGGUAACUUGGUGAAAGCCAAUUGACUUUCCUCUGUUUUUAAACGGAAGGAUUGAUGACAAUUAUAGUGAAAUGAAAAUAAUUAUAUAUCA